UUCGGCGUAUACUCCGAAACAGAUUAGUUCAGUCGUGAAUAUGAUCAGUAUAGGUACUUAGUAGAGAGUUGCAAGUUCGAAGUUGAAAAUGAUCAUGUUUGUGUUUUUGUUCGCUUGCACAUUGACUUCAACAUAUGGUUACUACCCUUCUGUGACUGUCGAAGAGGGAACAUUACUGGGAACUUUUCAUACCACAUUAAAUGGUAGUCAAGUACACGCGUUCCUUGGCAUACCCUAUGCUUCCCCUCCCGUAGGAGAUUACAGAUUCAAGGAACCACAACGUCCUAAACUUUGGACGGGGAUAAGAGAAGCAACAUCAGUAGGCAAUCAAUGUUUACAAACAUCAUUUCCAGCCAAUUUCACGGAAGACAAUCACAUUAAAACAAUCGGAGAUGAAGACUGUCUGUACUUAAAUGUAUUUACUCCCAAGCUAGCCAGUGAAAUUAAUGCAGAAGCUGAUUUUAUGAAUGUAUUGGUUUACAUACAUGGAGGAGGAUUUAUGUUUGGAACUGGUAACGACGUGCGUCCAGAUCGUAUUUUACAAAUCGAUAAUAUCGUAUUUGUUACCAUCAGUUACCGACUGGGAGCUUUAGGUUUCUUUGCCGCUAAUGAUUCUGCAGCGCCGGGAAAUAAUGGACUGAAGGAUCAAGUCGCAGCUUUACAAUGGAUCCAACGUAAUAUUCGUAAAUUUGGAGGCGAUCCUGCCAAAGUAACUGUAUAUGGGUGCUCAGCAGGCGGAGCCAGCGUCAAUUACCUAAUGAUUUCUCCAACAACCGAAGGUCUUUUUCAAAGUGCAAUUUCAUCCAGUGGUUCUAUAUUGACGCCGUGGUCAUUGCAGACUGAAAAUGUUAUGAAUAGGUCUAAAGAACUGGUUUCGUUGCUGAACUGUAGACACAAACGGGUUAAUACAAUGAUGGAAUGCUUAAGAAAUAAAUCCGUUAAUGAGAUAAUGGAUCACGCAUACAGGCCAUACUUUGCAGAUGGUUAUCCGAUGAAUGUCCGUUGGGGUGCGGCACUUGAGAUACCGCAUCAUGGAGCGUUCUUAUCCAAAGAUCCUUUGGCUUUGUUAGAAGCGGGCGAAGUAAAGCAUAUACCUUGGAUGAUUACUAUGUCUGAAAAUGAGGGAAUAGCAAUGGGAUACGAUGUGGUCCUUAACAGAACUAAAAUGAGUGCAAUAAACCAAAAUUGGAAUAAGAUGAUGCCGAAUAUAUUCAGCUAUAAUAAUAUCAACUCCAAACACGAAAGAGAUCGUAUUAGCGCAUCGAUACGAAAAUAUUACUUUAAAAAUAAACCGUUGUCAAAUCAAACACUCGGGCGCUAUUUCCAAGCUUUAACUGAUCGUCAAUUUUUUAAUGGAAUAAUUGAAAGUGCGAAGUUGUAUUCUGCGGCUUCUUUGGAAGACACCUAUUGUUAUAAAUUGUACUACUGGGAAUUAAAUGCUUACCCAAUGUUUGAAAAAUAUUAUGGAUGUCCCCAUUGUGGAGAUGUACCUUACAUAGUAAAAUACCCAUUUGGAACGACGGAUAAGGAUAUGACAAGAUUACUGACUUCAAACAUAGUCGCAUUCAUGAAAAAUGGAAAUCCUAAUAAUCCAGAGGUGAAUGUGGAAUGGAAACCAAUUUCUGAAAAUCGUGUUAUGAAUUGCUUAGGGAUUUAUUCGUACACUGUUCAAAAAAUGGAAGAUAUCGAGGAUCACAGUACAACUCGUUUUCGGAACAAUCUUCUUCCACCAGCGAUUUAUUAAUCGUUAUGAUGAGAAUUUUGAGGAUUUUUUUGUACCUAAUUUUAUAAAAGUUGCAAUAAAAACGUUUAAAUCUG